UCCUCUUCUAAACUAACUCCUCGUUUUCUCCUGUGGUAUCGUCAAUCAUCGUCAUGUUCAUUCAAGAUAGAUACGCUUUUAAUAUUUUUUCCUCAUCUUCUAUGUGCCUAGGUAUUUAUUUAAAUUGGACUUUUUAGUAUUCGACUUGUUCUCGAAAUGGAUCAAUUGGAUCCAUUUCGAGAUGACAAUUGGGACCUAAUCGAUAUUAACAGUUUUUUAGAUGAACCUCCUUUUGAUUUCUACUGGAACGAUCAUACGCUGAACCAGAGGAAUGUCACUGAACUUGAUGUAUCACUUCCUGGUUCUAUAUUUCAGGAGAAGGAAUAUGUAGAAACAGAAUGCCGUCGGAAGAGGGCUCGUAACAAUUCAUGCAGCAAGGAGAGUAAAGCUUGCCGAUAGAGACUAAGAAGAGAAAAAUUGAAUGACAGGUUCUCAGAGCUAUGCUCCGUGCUGGAACCUGGGAGACCUGUGAAAACAGACAAAAUUGACAUACUUGACGACGCCAUUCGAAUGCUAAACCAACUGAAGACUGAAUCUGAGGAAUACCAAGAGAUGAACCAAAAGCUUUUGGAAGAGAUCAGACCUCUAAAGGCAGAGAAGAAUGAACUCCGGGAAGAGAAACUCUCGCUGAAGGCAGACAAGGGGAGGAUGGAGCAGCAGUUGAAAGCUUUAAUUGCUUCCCCGCCGAGUUUUAUCCCAACCCAUACAACAGGAUAUCAGAUGGCGCAAAAUAAAAGGGCAGUUUUCGCUAGUUAUGGCUUUGUGCCAAUGUGGCAGUAUCUACCUCCAGCUUCCCAGGAUACAUCUCAAGAUCAUGAAUUCAUGCCUCCUGUUGCUUAAUCUUUGGCAUUUUCCCUUUCAUUCUUUAAGUAUGGGCAGCUUGCUAAUCUUUUUUCACCUUCUUACUCCUUGUUCUAUUUUCACCAUUAUCUUGAUUUUUUUUUUUUGAGCACAAGUACAUGUAUGAUCAAAUGGUCAAACUAGAUUAACAUUGGCUUUUACCUUUGCCUUUACUCAA